AGGAUAUCACAACAAGCCGAAGUUCGGGACAUCCUGACCCAGGGGCGGCUGACUGUAUGGUACGCCGUUCAGUCGCGCGUGUGUGCGUAUCUCAACUCAGACUCACAGUCAUUUGGCCAGGCCAGUUUCCAGUUCGAUGACUUCAUAACGUUGCUGCACAUGACUCAUCGCUGCAUUGCGGUGGGCCAAGUGUUUUGCGGUGGCAGUGGGGCGGACCUGUACGCAGCUCUGUCGCGCAAGAGCAGUGUGUUCUUAAAGAACUUCCACAAGGCACGCCUGGAGGAUGUGAAGGCGAUGAUUGAGAACGAGCGAUGGCAACGCAUUCCGGCGCAGACGACUUUUUCGGUCAAUUCCUUCAGAGAAUUCGCGUUUCUGCAAGACAUCACCGAUCACACGGACGACGAAUCCAAAGAGGCGGCGAGAUGGGCGGAAGUGGUGGCUGUGCAGAACAGCAUCACAGACGGCCACAGCCCGUUUGCAGUCCUAACAGACGACGACCGCCAAUUCAGGUGCGCAUGGAAGGUGCAGGUGUUGCUUAGCAACACAAGCUAA